AUGGAAGUAGAAGAACCAGUGCAUGAGGAAAUCCCAACAAAACUGAAAUCUACUCUAGUCGUCAUAGCCGCCUUCAUGAGCAUCUUCACCGGCUGUGGCCUCAACUUCGCAUUCGGAGUGUACCAAGAACUCUACGAAUCCAUGUCCCAACUCCCCAGUCGCACCCCAUUCACCGGCGUCUCUCCCGCACAGAUUGAUCUCAUCGGGACACUGGCCGUCUCCAUGAUGUCUCUUGGAGCGCCGUUUGCCUCAGGCUGGUGCAAAUCCUAUUCCCCCCGCCAGAUCACCCUGGCCGGCACGAUCAUCUUCGCCACCGCGAACAUACUUGCGUCUUUUAGCCAGCAUCUAUGGCAAUUCAUCCUUACCCAGGGAGUACUACUCGGCUGCGGGACCUGUCUCACCUAUAUCCCCGCCGUGACGGUCGCCCCGGGCUGGUUCACCACACACCGCGGCCUCGCAAUCGGAAUCAUCUCCUCCGGCACCGGCGUCGGAGGCGUAGUAUGGGCGCCUGCCCUGCGCGCUCUGAACGCCAGGAUCGGGUUCCGCAAUACCCUCCGUCUCGUCGGCGGUCUAUCUUCAGUCCUGCUGGGCGCUUCCUCCCUCGUGCUAGACUGGGACCCGCGCAGCAAGCGCCAGAUCCAGACAGAACGGCAGGCUUCUUCCGCGUCCCGGCUCCGAGUCACGCUCGUUGACUGGCGGGUCGCACGCACCCGGAAGUUCAUCGCGCAGUGUCUCUCGGCCGGACUACAGGGUGCGGCGUACUACGCGCCGGUAUACUUCAUGUCGACGUAUGCGCGCGCGCUGGGCUUCUCCGCCGCGACGGGGGCGAUGUUCAUCUCCAUCUCGAAUGCGUCGUCGGCUGUAGGGAAGGUGGUUAUCGGCCAUGUUGCGGAUCGUGCCGGCCGGAUUAACGUCUUCCUCUUUACGACGCUGAUGAGCGCCAUCGCGACGCUGGGACUGUGGUUGCCUUCCACCAUGUCCGGGGGAAAGGCUCUGUUCGUCGCGUUUGCAAUGUUCUAUGGUGUGUUUGCUGGGGCGUACGUGAGUCUCUUCCCCGCGACGCUGGUCGAACUGUUUGGGGUUGGCCACUUUGCCAGUGUCAAUGGGUUCUUGUAUAUGGUGCGCGGGUUUGCGGCUUUGGUGGGGACGCCGGUGGCAGGGGCGUUGAUCAGGAGUGGUGGUUCGUAUGUCAGCCCGGAGCUGAUGAGCAAACUGUUUCUCAAUACGAGCAUCUUGGUGGGAGUUUUGCUGGUCGGUGCUACGGUGGGUGUCGUGUGGGUGAGAAUCGAGGCGGCCGUCAGUAUGAUGGAUCGUCAGGGUGGGUUCAAAUGGAGGAUUUGA